AUGGAAACGAAGCCCCGAGGCAGUCCCAGCAGCCCGAAGGAGGGGGCCCAGGAAAUCUGCCCCCCUGGGUUACUGGUGUUUGCCGGCUGCUCGGAGCAGGAGGUCAGCUUGGCUAAGCAGUUCUGGCUCGGGGCUUCUAUGUAUCCCCCCACCGAGUCGCAGCUAGUGCUGAGCAGAGGCAGCAGUCAGCGCCUGGCGGUGGCAAAGCCCUCUAAGUCCGCUCCGUCUGGUGAGUACCCUUCUAAGCUGACUCGGUGCUGGCAUCUGAUCUCCUCGAAAACCGAAGAUAUAUUUGCUAAAGCCCUAAAGCAACAGGAAUCUGAGGAAAAAGAAAAGUACCUCAAAAAGGCAUAG